UGGGAAAUUCUUUGGAUCUCCCAGCACUGCCGAAGAGAGACGUCCGUUAACGGUCGUCAAAAGUUUGACAUCGUCGUGUGGUUGCAGGCGUAAGCAAAUAUGUCAUUGAAUACGGCGCACACCAACGGUGGAGUUCUUCUCCAUUCUGGCGAAUGUAUCAUACUCUUCUGCGACAAUGUCAGUAUGGAACUUCACGGGCAAGAGCAAGCGGAGUUUAUCGGCAAGAAGCAAGGCAGAUUGUACCUGACGACGCACAGGUUGAUCUUCAAUGCGAAAGAUCAGAAGGAGAGGAUGCAGUCGUUCAGCUUUCCGUUUGUCACGUUGAGCGAGGUCGGUGUAGAGCAGCCGAUUUUCGGCGCUAAUUCCUUAGAAGGCAAGUGUCGUGCUCAGCCCAAUGGUAACUGGAUCGGCGAGUGCAAGUUCAAGGUGAAAUUUAAGAGUGGUGGCGCGAUAGAAUUUGCUACAGCCUUGCAGAAAGCUGCACUAAUGGCUCAAAGCAAUGGUCCGCCGAAUGAUGCACCUCCACCGUACACACCUCCUACAUCUGAGUGGUAUCCGGCGCAACCUUCAGCUUAUCAACGACCACCUUCUGGUUAUUAUGGAUGGACGCCUCCGACUAACGUAUUCCCAGAUGUUCCACCAGGAAAUACCGUCUUCAUGACAGAUAGUCCUCCACCAUAUCCAGGUAUAUACUCGUAUGCUUUCGGACAGGGACAGGGCCCUAGCAUUGCAGUGAGACACCAAGGAGCACCCGGAUGGGCAAACCCGAGUUACAACGGCCAGCCGAUGUCUCAAGGUGCGUAUCCCGGCGCUUACGGGCAACCGCCUCACAGCGGUUAUCCGUUAAACCCACCACCGUACUCGCCGUAUCCGCAAGUCAAUGCACAAGGUGGAUCUUAUCAACAACCAGGAUACACUCCGUACCCACCUCACUACUAAUGAAUUGUAAUGAGUGCGUAUAAUACGCGUAUGCGUGUAAAAUGUGUGCCUAUUCGCUUAAUGAUAUAAGCUAUAAACAAGAAUGCGAUAAAAAACAAAAAAAGGAAAACAAUAUAACGCUUCUCUGAAGAUGCUGUGUCGAGUUAUACCGAAUGCGAGCAGUGUGCAAAUAUUUUCAAGUACCUCGUACUCAAAGAAACACAUUAUAAAUGUUCUCUCGUGGUAAGGAGAGAUGAGCGAUUUUGCUUUGGCUUGUUCUUCGAGGCACACCAUCGCUGCGUCCUCUUUUAUUCAUUGCCGGUGUAAAGACGAUGUCGGUUCCUCCUUUGUUUGUGAUUACUUUGUGAAUUUUGUGAUUACUCCUCCGUUAAUUCCACGAAAUAAUAAGACACGUUAUAUUAGACUAUUAGCAACGAACAUUACGAUAAUUAAAUGUUAAUUAAAGGACAA